AUGGACGUGAACAACGCUUUCCUUUAUGGAGACCUUGAUGAAGAAAUAUACAUGCGUUUACCUCCUGGUCAUCCAUCCUCAAGCUUGAACAAAGUGUGCCGGUUACAAAAAAGCAUUUAUGGUUUAAAACAAGCUUUGAGGCAGGGGAAUCCCAAGCUUUCAUCUUCCUUAAUUGAAUUCGGAUUUGUCCAAUCCAAGGCAGAUUACACCCUAUACACCAAGACCACAACCACAUCAUUCAUAGCACUUCUUGUUUACGUAGACGAUAUAAUCCUAAUGAGUUCUGAUCCUCAGUCCACUUUUGUUGUCAUAGGAUUCUUGGAAACAAAAUUUAAGAUCAAAGAUCUUGGAAGUCUUAAAUAUUUUCUUGGUAUUGAGGUGGGUUGCACGAAAGGAGGUAUCCAACUUUGCCAAAGAAAGUAUGCUUUGGACAUACUUUCUAAAAUUGGAUUGUUGGUAGCAAAACCAUCUAAUUUGCCUAUGGAGCCAAAUGUUAAGUUUAGUAAAGAUGAAGGGGAAUUGUUCAAGGAUCCAGCACUAUAUCGAAGAUUGAUCGGCAAGCUGCCCUAUCUCACCAACACAUGGCAAGAUUUAAGCCAAAGUCUGCACCUAUUAAACCAGUUCAAGGAGGCCCCCCGUGAUCCUCAUUUUAAUGCAGUCCUCAAAGUUAUCAGAUAUGUAAAAGGAACCCCAGGACAAGGACUUUUCUUCCCUGCGAAUUCAAAGAUGGAACUUGUAGCAUACUCGGAUGCAAGCUGGGCCAAUUGUCCCGAAAUGAGGCGCUCUACAACUGGAUUUUGUGUCUUCAUUGGCAUAUCACUCGUGUCAUGGAAAUACAAAAAACAGACUACUGUAUCUAGAUCAUCAGCAGAACUCGAGUAUAGGGUCAUGGCUUCAGUUUUUUGUGAACUCACAUGGAUUAGAUAUUUUCUUGCUGAUCUAAAAGUACUAAUAUUAAAUCUUGCAACUUUGUAUUGUGAUAACUUGGCAGCAAUUCACAUUGCUGCAAAUCUCGUCUUUCACAAGCGAACAAAGCACAUUGAAUUAGAUUGUCAUCUAAUUCGUGAUAAGAUCACAGAAGGACAAGUAGUCACAACUCAUGUUUUUUCUCAUUCUCAGUUGGCUGACUUGUUCACUAAGCCCCUACACUCACCUGCCUUCACACGACAUUUAUCCAAGAUGGGAGUAACUAACAUAUACUCUCCAUCUUGCGGGGGGAUGUUGAGACUACCAGAAAAGAAUUCCCCACUACCCCUUGACACUGAUUCUCCACAACAAGACGCGUACUGCAUAGACAUUUGCAGAGAUGAAUAA